AUGCAUGCCCGUGCAGUCCUUACUGGCUCUGUCCUUUCUCUUGUCCCUUUCCUCGCCCACUUCUCCUGCGCACAGACUUCCGGGACGUUUAAUUUCCUUACCUACAAUGUGGCAGGGCUUCCAGCAAUUCUCAACGGCAAUGAUGAGACAGGCGACAAAGCCACGAACGCAGGCCUCAUUGGAGGAAAACUGAGCUCGGGAAAUUUCGACAUCGUUCAUAUGCAAGAGGAUUUCAAUUACCACGCGUACAUCUACGCCACUGAUACGCACCCAUACCGAACGGCCACAUCUGGCGGUGUACCUUUUGGUAGCGGGCUGAACACAGUGGCAAACUAUACCUGGAGUGCCUUCAAUCGAAUCACCUGGAGCCAGUGCGAUAUCAACGAUGGUGAUUGCUUGACGCCCAAAGGUUUCACCAUGAUACGCUUACAGCUGACGGCAACCGCCUCGAUUGAUCUCUACAACCUCCAUUCCGACGCAGGAUCCAACACUGGAGACGGCAACGCACGACGAGGUGAUAUCAAACAGGUCUUGUCCUACAUCUCCGCCCACUCAGCCGGGCAAGCCGUUAUCAUUGGUGGCGAUACCAAUGAUCGCUGGACCAACGAUGAUGUCAGCUUGAAUCUCCUGACCGCAGCCGGCUUCUCUGACACCUGGGUCGAGCUCAUCAACGGAGGCGUCUAUCCCGGUGCUGGGACGACCGCCAACCCGUGCGAUGUACCCGCAGCGUCCAACUCCUGCGAGGUCGUGGACAAGGUCCUCUAUCGCUCCUCGAGCUCCGUCAGCUUGUCCGCAACCAGCUGGACCUACGAUUCGGCCUUCUUCGUCCAGCCGGACGGAGACCCGCUCUCUGACCACAACCCGGUCCUGGUCGGGUUUGCUUGGUCUACCGCAUGA